CCAGCCGCUCCGGCCCAGCUGCCGCUUCUCUCGGUGGUGGAGGCAGACAACAGGAGCUGGGUCCAGGAAUAGCCGAGAGGUGUAGCGAGAGAGAGAGAGAGAGAGGGGGAAUGAAAGAGAGAGGGGGGGAGAAGGAAAGAGAGAUCCAGAAGAGCGAGAGGCAAGAGAGACGACCAGAGAGGAACUGGGCUGUGAAAACAGGGGGGCGGUGUACGUUUUUCCCCCUUCAGGACUCAGGAAACAUAUUUUUUUACAGCGAUUGGAACCAGAUAAGAGGACGAGAAAAAGGAUUUUUUCACCCCCCCCUCCUUUCUCUUUCUCUUUUCCUACUCCUCACCCCCCCACCCCCCCCCCACCCCACACUCCUCCUCAGCCUGCAUAGCUGCGCUCCUCACACUCUGCUGCCGCCGUCCUCCUCUUCGUUUCGGCUGCUGGGGAGCCUAAUGAGCCCAUGCAUGCAGAAGGAGGGACGUGUCCGGACAAUGUGGUCAGCCCUGUUUGGAUUUCACCUGAAAUGAUGCCGCUGGAGAGGGAGAGCGGGGGACGUUGAGAGAGAGGGGAGAGCAAACCGGCCAGGGAAAUGCAAAAGAUCGGCGGACGGGAGGAAGGAGGUGUGUGUGUGUGGACCAGAGACAAUGAUCAAGGGAGGUAGAGGAGGAGUCGUGCACGUAUACAGGAAAGAAGAAGAAAGAAGAAGAAGAAGAAGCCCAAACCUUAAGGUUAAUAAUGCAGGCAGGGGAGAUGGAGAUUGUUGUGGAACAAAGGACAAUAGAUGGACUUCUGCUAUGCCAAGAGUACCGUUUCUAGAUAGCCAAGCGCGCGGGGGGGGGAGGAGGGGGGAGGAGGGAGAUGCGCGUUGAGUGAUUAAAAAGGGAGAGGAGCCGGAGGAGGACAUUUACUCACCCCCCGGGUUUUUUUUUUUUUUUUGGGAGGAGGCAGAGAUGGCAUGUCAGCAGAAGGCACCCGCGUUCACACACUCCAUCUGCCAACCGCAUCAUCAGCAGCAGCAGCAGCAGCAGCAGCAGCAUGAGGAGGAGGAGAUGAGAAAGCGCAGCCACUGAGGAGGUGACCCUUAUCACAUCCCGGAGGAGCCCAGACACAGGGCGUGACCCACACGUUUGUCAGCAUCGCCAAGGAAGAGAACCGAGGAGUAGCCUCCAUGGCCAAAGAAUCAUCGCCUUCCCAGCUCCCCCAGGAGUCCUGAUAACAUUGCUCCAAGCUGCCGACCGGGGCUCCAAGCAUUCCCCCUGACUGCACUAGGAGGCUCUCUCCAGCCCAUCUGCCAGCUCAGAUAAUCCUCUGGCUGUUGGCAACCACAUGUUCGAGGUGACUGUGUGCGAUUGUCGCCGCCGCCCAUUCCCGAGCAGCAGCCUCCUGCUGGCCCAAUCUGCACCAUGCAGUGGAGACGGCGGCAUUGCUGUCCCAUCAAGAUGACCUGGACCAUCAAGCGUUCCCUCUUCCGGACCCAUGUUGCUGGCCUUCUCUCAUUGGCUUUGCUCUUCACCCUCUUCCUCUUCUUCAGUCACCAGGACUGGUUACCAGGGCGCAGUGGGCCCCGGGACAACCCACUGGCCUACACCAUCAGGGGCUUCCGCAGCUCAAAGUUGGAGCCCAAUCAGAGCACAUCGCUCAGGAGCCUGUGGAGGGAGGCAGGGUAUGUUGCGCCCAAGCCUCUACUCAACUUCAGCAUUCAGCAGGCAGAGGGGGCCGGCGAGGGGGGCGGAGGAGGACCCAAGACAGGUGUGAUGGGGCUUGAGGAUUCCAUGAGCACCAAUAACAGUUUACAGAAGGAGAUGGGUGUUGGAGGACGGCUCAACGCUCAGCCGUACCACUACAUCCUCAACGAGCCCCUAAAGUGCCGGGACAGCACUCCCUUCCUCAUCCUCCUCAUCGCUGCGGAACCUGGCCAGGUAGAUGCCCGCAAUGCCAUCCGCCAGACAUGGGGGAACGAGAGCGUGGUGAUUGGGCUAGGGUUUAUCCGUCUCUUCCUGCUCGGCAGGGGAAAGAGCUCAGACAGCUACCUCCAGAGCAACAUAGAGGAGGAGAGCCGUGUUCACCGAGACAUCAUCCAGCAGGACUACCUGGACACAUACUACAACUUGACCGUCAAGACGCUGAUGGGCAUGAACUGGGUCGCUACCCACUGUCCACACGCCAGCUACGUGAUGAAGACGGACAGCGACAUGUUCGUCAACACGGAGUAUCUCAUUCAGAAGCUGUUGAAGCCCGAGCUGCCUCCCAGACAGAGGUAUUUCACGGGCUACCUGAUGAGGGGCUACGCACCAAACCGAAACAAAGACAGCAAGUGGUACAUGCCGCCCGAACUGUACCCCAGCGAGCGCUACCCCAUUUUCUGCUCGGGGACGGGGUACGUGUUCUCGGGGGACAUGGCCGAGCUGAUCUACCAGGCCUCCCUCAGCAUACGCAGGCUGCACCUGGAGGACGUGUACGUGGGGAUCUGCUUGGCCAAGCUGCGCAUUGACCCCGCACCGCCACCCAACGAGUUCCUCUUCAACCACUGGCGAGUGUCCUACUCCAGCUGCAAGUACAGCCACCUGAUAACGUCCCAUCAGUUCCAGCCCAGCGAACUCGUCAAGUACUGGAACCACUUGCAGAGCAACAAGCACAACGCGUGCAUCAACACGGCCAAGGAGAAGAGCGGGAGGUACAGACACCGAAGGUUUCACGGAGAGAGGCCUCAGUGACGCACCCUGUACAUACCACCUGCCUCCGGGAACCAACCAGCUGAGGCAUAUUUACGACCACUAUAGCCAGAGGGCGGCAUGUCGAAAGAUCUCAGCACUAUACACUAUAUGGGAGAAGAGCACAUUGUUUUUUGGUAUUGUGUACAGUCGACGAUUAAAACUAUUUUUUUAAAUUGAGAGAGAUGUUAUGUAUUGUAAACCCGUUCAGCCGUUUCUAAAAGGGCCAGUGGAGUACAAUGUUUAUGUGCAAUAUGACGCAUGCACACAAAAGUACGAAAGUCUACGAGAGUGGCGAUUGUGACGUGUCAGAUGCCAGUGAAAAGGUGGAAAUUAUGCUGGGAUAUAUAGGACUAGCUACACCGGGGGGGCAUGAAGUGGGGAAGGCGAGGCCAACCUGCUACAAAUCAUCACGAAACGUAGGACACAAAUUGUGUGUACGCAGACGAAGGAAAAUGUAAAUGUAUCAUGUUGAAAGUCGCGCUACCUAAAUAUGAAUGAACGUGUCUUUGGCGUGGACCAUUUAUGCCGGCCUAUUUCUCAGUGUUUACUUCACAUGAUUAUCAUAACAAGAAGAGUAUAAAAGAGGGUUUCUCCGUCAUAAUCUGUAUUUUAUUUACGACCGAGAUGAAAGCACUCAGAAUCACAGGUCAGAGAUGACUGAGAUUGUAUUUUUUAAAGCUUUACAUGGAGUGAGUCUGCACUUGAGCAAAUGUUCA